UUCACACAGUAUGGCUACACACUACGAAUGAUGUUGCCACCGAAUUCGAGUAUAAAAGACCAUAGGAAUCCUCUGCUGGGCGGUGUAAAGGCAUCAUCACUCGGACUCCAACAGAAACAUCCUCUUUAUUGCCCGCAACCCACCCAAGCAAGCACUUCUACACCCGGCCAUGAAGAUCACUGCCGUCUCUGCUAUAGCCCUUGCUACCCUCUCCCAGCUCGUGUCCGGAUACGCCAUCAACGGGGACAAUGUCAACUGCCGCACUGGCCCCGGCACUAGCUACGAUGUUGUCCGCAAAUACAACAGCGGUGACGAUGUCACUCUCUCCUGCCAAACCGAAGGCGAUGCAGUCAGGGGCGACUCUCUGUGGGGCAAGACCCAGGACGGCUGCUAUGUUGCCGACUACUACGUUCAGACUGGAACUAGCAACUACGUCGUUGACAAGUGCGGCUCCUCCGGCGGCGGUUCUGGCAACACUGGCGGCAGCGGAUACUGCAAGAAUGUGAACGCUGCCACCCUUGACCUGGUCAAGGACUUCGAGGGCUUCGAGCCGAGCCCCGCACCCGACCCCAUCGGCCUGCCCACUGUCGGCUAUGGCCAUCUGUGCGAGACUAAGGGCUGCGCUGAGGUUUCCUAUAGCUUCCCACUGACCGAGGCCACCGCCGAGUCUCUGCUCAAGGACGACCUUCCCAAGUACUCGUCAUGCCUUGCCACGUACCUCAAGAGCUCGGUUACUCUCAACGACAACCAGUGGGGUGCACUGACUUCGUGGGUGUUCAAUGUUGGCUGCGGCAAUGCCAAGUCGUCGACGCUGGUGUCCCGCCUGAAUGCCGGCGAGAACCCGAACGACGUGGCUUCUUCCGAGCUCCCGCAGUGGCGCCUGGCUGGUGGCCGGGUGUUCAGUGGGCUUGUCCGUCGCCGUGCGGCUGAGGUCAAGCUGUUCACCACCCCUUCGUCGAGCCAGGCCUUCCCCAACUGCCAGUAAUUCUGCUAUCUGGAUCAUGCUUUUAAACGUCUUUUCCAAAUGGACUAAGCGAUAAUGUGCUUACCCUAAUAGUAAGCAAUGAUUCCCACAUAUUCAAUGGUUUCCACAGCCUGGCGUGCUAUUCUAAAUGGGAAUGGCCCUGGAAAGUGUAUGGCUACAAAGGCUUCGUCUUGGUUGUGGACAGAUUUCGAGUGAAGAAUGCAUGAAUAUACCAUAUGAAUGAGGUGAAAAUAAAACACUCGUUGGGGCCGUGUGUUGAAAACAUAGUGUAUCGUUAGAAGUAACAAGUACAGCGCUUGUGCUAUUUAUCAUAUGCUAUGGCUGGGGCUGGUUCGUGAGCGAGUGUGUCUCUUGGCUAAGUGGUUUGUUGUAUGGUUUAACGAUACAGGGACCACGACCAUGUUU